AUGCCACAUGCCUUGCGCAAAUCCCUAUGCAAGUCCCGCAGCGAUGGUGACAAAGAAGCUCGCCAGUACUUCCCCCUCAUCGGCGUUUGCAACACUGUUUCGACAGGAAACUUCGAGAAGCGCUACAUUGGCCAACCCUCUGAGCACAUGCCAACUGAUGUAUGCACCGGCGAUGGGAGCGGAAGUGGCACGGUGUACACGAUCAUGUAUGACAAGGUGUUCCGUGUCACGUAUAGCAACAGUUCCUGUGUCGGCACACCAACAAACGUGCAAGAAACCACCUUACCCAUGUCAGCCGUGUACUGCUUGGACUUCGCUGCGGUCAAUAUCGACUGGAACCUCGAUGGCAUGGUGAACAAUGACGGCCGAAACGUCUCUGCGGAAGUCGCCACCACGACGACUACAAUUACUACAACCACUGCAGCCACGACCACUGGGAGUUCGGGGGGCAUGGUGGGCGCUGCAGCAGCAGGUGAGCCUUGUGUUCUAGCUUUGGCAGGGAUUGCCCUGCACUCGGCUGGAGUUCUCACAUGGGUCUGA